AUCUGUGUUUCUAUAUGUUGCAGUCUGCUGAACCUGUUCGUGUUCUGGUGACCGGCGCUGCUGGGCAGAUUGCCUACUCCUUGUUGUUUGGCAUCGCCAAGGGAGAUGUGUUCGGCAAAGAUCAGCCAAUCACCCUGAUCUUGCUGGACAUCACCCCCAUGUUGCCAGUCCUGGAUGGAGURGUCAUGGAGCUGCAGGACUGUGCCCUCCCACUCCUCAGAGAGGUCAUCUCCACGGACAAGGAGGAGGUUGCCUUUAAGGACCUGGACGCUGCCAUCCUGGUGGGCUCCAUGCCCAGGAGAGAGGGUAUGGAGAGGAAGGAUCUGCUCAAGGCUAACGUGGCCAUCUUCAAGAGCCAGGGGGCCGCGCUGGAGAAGUACGCCAAGAAAACUGUCAAGGUCCUGGUGGUAGGUAACCCAGCCAACACCAACUGUCUGAUCGCAGCCAAGUCUGCCCCGUCCAUCCCCAAAGAGAACUUCUCCUGCCUUACCCGUCUGGACCACAACCGGGCCCUCUCUUGCCUCCCUCCCCAGGUUGCGAUGCGCUGCGGCGUGCCAGCCACCCAAGUGAAGAACGUGAUCAUCUGGGGCAACCACUCGUCCACCCAGUACCCAGACGUCCACCACUGCAAGGUCAACAUGGCGGGCAGCGACCUGGCCUGCUUCGCCGCUGUUAAGGACGAUGACUGGCUCAAAGGGUCCUUCAUUUCUACAGUGCAGCAGAGGGGUGCGGUUAUCGCGGCCAGGAAGCUGUCCAGUGCCAUGUCUGCAGCCAAGGCUAUCUGUGACCACAUGAGGGACAUCUGGUCAGGCACUCCUGAGGGAGAGUUUGUCUCCAUGGGUGUCUACUCCAGCAGUAACUCCUAUGGUGUCGCUGAAGACCUCAUCUACUCAUUCCCUGUUCACAUCAAGGACAAGCAGUGGAAGAUUGUGGAUGGGUUGGCCAUCAACGACUUCUCCCGAGGCAAGAUGGACGCCACUGCAGCUGAGCUGGUGGAAGAGGAUACCGCCGUCACCUUCCUCAGCGCUUGACUACGCUCCCAGCCACGGCAACCAACCCGGCAACAUCACUUGGACGCAGAACCCACACCUCCAGACUCACGUCUGUGAUGCCGCAUU